AGCAGAAAACUCAAUUCUCAGUGGUUCUUUGACCACUCAGGGUGGUUCUGGAGGAUCUAUUGUGACCAAAUAAGAAUAACGCAACGCACGAUGAAGUUGAUAGUCUUCAUAGUCAUCGCUUGUGUGGCGAGCAUAGCGGCUGAGGAAUACCAUGAUUAUGAUCAUUAUGACGACCACGAGGCGUCUCCGGAGGAAGUGCGAGAGCCCGCGGAUCAUCAUGAGGAGGAGGGCGACUUCGGUCCUCCGGAGGAAGACGAGGAUAUGAGCCAGGAAGAGAGCAUUCACAGAAAAGGCUUUGGAAAGCCUUAUCACUCGUGGGGAGACAAUCAUGCUGAUAAUGAGAAGUACUUUGAACAUCUGUUUGGCAAGAAGCCGAAAGAUAUCCAGAGUCCAGCCUACAGCUAUAAAUCCGGCACGGGAGCCAAUAUAAUUCCCACAGAAGCUAAAGAGAUCACUGCCAAACAAUCUCUGAGGGAUGAUCCUGAAGUGACGACAAAAUCUUACACUCCACGAAGCGGAGACGAUAACAACUACGGAUAUCGGCCAGAUAGCGAAUAUCCUCCUGAAGCAUGGGUGGAAAAGUGGCCCGAAUGCGGUGGAACGCGCCAGAGUCCCAUCAAUCUGGCCCUGCCGGCGUGCGAGAAGGACUACGGACCGCCUCUGCAAUCGGUGUUCUUCAAGAAACACCCGCACACGACGACAAUCAGGAAUCUGGGGCACACUGUGCAGUACUCCUUCUCUUACAUUGGCACGCCACCAAUCCUGACCGGCGGCUUCCUGGACGCCGAGUACCUUUUCGCCCAGCUGCACUUCCACUUCGGCUCGAGUGACUAUUCGGGCUCCGAACACUCACUCAACUCAGUGACUUACCCAAUGGAAAUGCACUUGGUGUUCUAUAACGCAAUUUAUAACGACACACAAGAGGCCAGCCAGCACGCAGACGGACUCCUUGUGCUUGGACUCUUUUUCCAAGUGCUGGAAAAGACACCCAACCAAAGAUUCGCGCUCUACCUGAGCGACGUGCCCACAGACGGAACUGAGAUUAGGAUCGAGAAUCCGCGCAGUCAUCGACUCUUCGACUUUGUGGGCUCCAUGGACUUCCACUAUGCCACAUACGAGGGUAGCCUGACCACGCCGCCCUGCUCUGAGGCCGUCACGUGGAUCCUCUCGACGCGCCCGCGGGAGAUCAGCCGCCAGGACCUGGAUACGUUCAGGGCGCUGCAGGGCUACGAGGGGCCCAUGAUGGACAACUUCCGGCCGAUCCAGAGCAUCAACGGCCGCUCAUGCGCCUACCACUAGUUAAGGUCUAGCUUAAGAAGUCCCCCCACCUGAGUACAUCUCAAAACUUUUUGUAUCUGACUGAAAAUAA